AUGAUUGAAAUCACAGUCAAUGACCGAUUGGGUAAGAAAGUGCGCGUGAAAUGUAAGUCAAAAUUUUUCAACUUAAAAAAAAAUUUUUUUCUAGGCAAUGCUACAGAUAAAAUUGAAGAUCUUAAAAAACUUAUAGCACUACAAACUGGAACAAGGCAAGCUGUAAAUUUCUCUUUUCUCUCUAAAAAAUCCAAUUUUAGAGCAGACAAGAUCGUUCUCAAAAAGUGGAACAUUAUUUACAAGGACAAUAUUUCUCUACAAGAUUACGAAAUACAUGACGGAUUUAAUUUUGAGUUGUAUUAUCAAUGA